ACAAACAGUUGAGGCAGGUUUCGGUUUCCCAGGGAGUGCAGUCAAACACGGCUUCCCGCACGAACGCAGUAACACCCGGUGCGGAGGGAGCUGGUGCAGGAGGAGGAGGAGGCAUCCAGCAGGUGGCCACGACUUCCACCGCUUCCACCGUGAUUGCCCCUCCGGUCGCUGCACUUACCACUGGCCACCGAAUGCAGCCGACCAUUCCGCAGAGCACGGGAGGCAGUGAUAUGGACCUCCCUGCCGUCCAGCCUAUGGAUUGGUUGUUCAAAAAGGAGCGCAUCUAUCUGCUAGCACAGUUUUGGCAACAGCGUGCCACGUUGGCGGAAAAGGAGGUAAACUCGCUCAAGGAGAAACUGUCGACCACGGACCGCGGAGUCAGCAACAACAACAACAACAACAUUAGCAACAGCGUCAACAAUAACGACGGUAACGAUAUGGACGUCACGGCCCAACCGCCACCACCGCCAUCGCUUUCCGCCCCGACACUGCCCACAUCCCUGCCGCUGGCCACGUCCGCAUCCCCCUCACCACCGACAUCCUCAUCGCCGAUGACGAUCGUCGAACAGAACGGAAUCGCACCACCGUCACCCUCCACAACGCCCGUUUCAGAGAGUGGCAGCAUCCACCGUCCGGAGGUGGCUCUCAGUCCGAGUGAAAGGCCUCUCGGCGGAUCACGAUCACCGAUGACGGUAAGCACCCGAUCGCGCACACCGGAAAUCGAUCGCAAAGUGCAGCAGGAGCUGGCCGUUCUGGCACACACCAUCAACAACAACUGUCUCGCCAGCAGCAACAACAAUCACCACAGCAGUAACAACAAUCGAUCGCCAACUCAGUCGCCACCGGCCACCGGUGAAAAGAUGGAGUGCGAGAGCAUGAGUGCGGUUCCGGCGAAGGAGACGAGCAGUAACAGUAGUAGUAGUAAUAGUAGUAGUAGUGUGCGAACGAGUGUCAGUGAGUGCCACAAGGGAAGCAGUGAGAAGCUCAACAGCAGCACAUCUGAGACGAACUGUAGCAGUGGUGAAAUUGUGGAAUCGCCCCACAAGGACUCUGGCGUCGUGGACAGCAGGACGAGAUCGCUAACGGAAGAACUUUCUGCCAAGGAUCGUGAGAUAUCGCUCCUGUUCGAGGAAGUUGGACGACUGCGAACGGCCAUCGCCAAUAUACAGGAAUCGCACAACCUGCAGAUCCAGCGGCUCGAGGACCGGCUGGAGGAGAAGCGGCAACACAUCGUGCGGCUCGAGUCGCGCAUCGAAAAGCAGCAGGACUUUGACGAUAUCAAAAAGGAAAAUAGUAUGCUUCGCUCGGUGGAUCUGAGUGCGUCCCACGAGUCAAAACAAUUCCAGGAGCUACUCCUCGAACGCACCAAAGCGCUGGCGGCACAAACCGAGGCAAUCAAAUCGUCGUCGACCACUUCGGAAGGAUCCCCACUUACCAGCGGUCCAAGCAGCGUUGGUGGCGGUGGCAUCAAUGGUGACAGUAAUGCCGGAAGUGGAACUGCAUCUUCGCAGCCCAUCCGUGCUCUUUCUCCCUCAAACGCUAGCAACAGCAACAGCUGCAGCAACGCCACUAGCUGCACUAGCCAAGCUUUGGUCAUCGCUAAUGUGCCCUCGAGCGAUCUGGCCGCUAGCGAAACGCGUAACUGCCCGCACGAUCUCACUAACAGCAACUCUCCAACUAACAACACCACCACCAACACCGUCGGCAUUGCUUCGUCCGAAAUUAACAACAACUGCUCAUCGACUCCGUCCGGUGUCAGUUGUCCGCCUCCGCCACCGCAGCCCUUGCUGCAUCCUCCCCUGCUUCCGCCUCGCUCUCCCCAGCCAAUCCUACGAUCACCGUCGUCUUCCGUCACCGUCCAGCAACAGUUGUGCCCUCCACCAACGACUGGAGCCAUGGCCGGAACGCUGACGACGACGACAUCGACGCCACCAACGGUGACGUCCAGCGCGAACGAUCCGAUGGUCGGGUUGAACUCGUUCCUGGCGCCACCAUUGCAGAACGUGGAACAGUUCGGGUCGUUUCUGGGCGAAGAGCUCGUCAGCAGCUGGCGCCGGGGAGCUCUUGAGCUACCGCCUCCUCCGCCGGGAUUGGCAGCGGCCGCUGCUGCCGCUGCUGCUGCUGCCGCCGCCGCGGCACGCAAUCCAGCCUUACUAAUGAACCACCAUCAUGUUGUUAACUCGCCCUCCGCAGAUCUACCAUCCUCGCUGGCACAUCAUGGCGCGGGUCUCGACCAGGACAAAGCCAGCAGCCAUCACGAGAACUCGUCCUCCGCCAGCACACCAAUCCUGCGUGAAGAAACUUCGCGGCACGACGACCGCCAUCUGAACGGUGGCGGUGGUCUAACGCCCAUGUCGAUCUCCAAGAGCCCGCUCGAAGACAACAACAACACGCUGGGCGCGCUCAGUCGGCUCGAUGGGGCCGGUUCGGGCAAUCUGAUACAGGGACUUCCGUUUCAAUUCCAAGAGCGAGGACACUUCCGGUUUGCUGAUGCGUCCGAUAUGCAGAUGCCACCGGGCUCGAUGGUCGGUCGGCUCGGAGACUCGCUCAUCCCCAAGGGCGAUCCAAUGGAGGCAAAGUUGCAGGAGAUGCUACGAUACAAUAUGGACAAGUACGCCAACCAGAACCUGGACACGUUACACAUUUCGCGCCGUGUCCGGGAACUGUUGUCCGUGCACAACAUUGGCCAACGGUUGUUCGCAAAGUACGUACUUGGGCUGUCGCAGGGUACUGUGUCGGAGCUGCUGUCCAAACCAAAACCCUGGGACAAACUGACGGAGAAGGGACGGGACAGUUAUCGAAAGAUGCACGCCUGGGCGUGUGACGAAAACGCCAUUAUGCUGCUCAAGUCUCUGAUACCGAAGAAAGGUGCAGAACCCGGAAUGCCAUCGUACGGUCGACCAGACGGUGAUCUCAGCGACGACCGCAUGCAGCAAAUCCUGUCCGAAGCCUCUAUGAUGAAGCGGGGCGAGCAGCCCACUCCACAGCAGCAGGCCCACCAUCAGCAGCAGAUGCGCGAACAGAUGCAACUGCAGCAGCAUCAGCUACAACAGCUUCAUCUCAGCGGGUUGGACGACUCCACGCAGCAUAGUGACAAUGACUCCAAAUCGCCACACAACCGAGACGUCCAUUCACCCUUCUCCAAAGACUAUCUCAGCGGGGGACGUUUGGGAAGUAGUGGACGGCCCAAGAAGUACGACAACGAUGACAUCUCGCAGGACAAGAUCGCCAAGAUCUACCAGGAAGAGUUCUCCAAGCUGAUGCGCAGUCCGCGAGAUUUCCCAAAUCUUCUAUUUCCACACUUUCUCAGCGGCGGUAUGCCACCGAUGGAGCGCCUACAGGACGACAAUCUCCGGAUGGCAUUCGAGGCUUACCACCGGGAACUGGCCAAACUGCAGCAAAACGCCUCUGCCACCCUUCCAGGCAUGCCCAACAUUUCCAACCUUCCCAACUUCUUGGCACUCCAACACCAACAGCAGCAGCAGCAACAGUCACAACAACCAUCCCAACCUUCCACGCCCUCAGGACAAUCGUCGACUCCAUCGCAACCGUCACAGCACACUACGACGGGAUUGAACGGAGGUUCCGCCCAGGAUCUGUCCCUGCCAAAGGAGAAGCAAUCGGCCGCAUCCAAACUGAACGGCGCAAUAUCCGAUGCCGAGUCUGAUGCCGACAUGAGCCAGAAGGAGUUGGACGAGAGCAUGAAACACAGCGCCUUCAGUCUGGUGAAACCAAAGCCUUCGGAACCAUCGGGCAUGUGUACGCCCACAACGACCGCCUCCUCCGCCGCACCAAGUCCCAUCGGCAACAGCAUCCUACCCCCGACAAUCACACCCACGGACGAUUUCUCCGUAGCGGCUAGCCCGCUGCAACGAAUGGCGUCGAUCACCAACUCACUCAUCACGCAGCCACCCGUCACGCCACAUCACACGACGCAACAACGUCCUCUCAAAGCCAUCCUGCCACCCAUCACUCAGCAACAGUUCGAUCUGUACAACAAUCUCAACACGGAGGACAUUGUGCGGCGCGUCAAGGAAUCCCUCUCGCAGUAUUCGAUCAGUCAGCGCUUGUUCGGAGAGUCUGUGUUGGGUCUCUCGCAAGGAUCUGUCAGUGAUUUGCUCGCCCGACCGAAGCCCUGGCACAUGCUAACCCAAAAAGGCCGCGAACCGUUCAUCCGCAUGAAGAUGUUCCUGGAGGAUGAAAAUGCGGUGCACAAGCUAGUCGCCAGUCAGUACAAGAUAGCUCCGGAGAAGCUGAUGCGCACGGGCAACUACAGCGGUACGCCUCAACUUCCCGGGCUCCACAUGCAGAAGCAGAUGCCUCCGACCAUGCCGAAGAUGCUGAGUGACUCGAUCAGCAAACUGCAGCAGGAUCAGCAGAAAACGUUGCUACAGCUUCAGAUCUCUCAGAUGCAGCAGCAAAUACCUACGGCACAAGCGGCUCAGGCCGCCGCACAGCAUCAACAUCAGCUGGCCGCGGCGGCUGCUGCUGCUGCCGCCGCUCAUCAUGCCGCCCAGGUGCAGGAAGUACAGCGCCACUCAGCACAACAACCACCUUCCUCUCAGCCAUCGCCACUCGGUGCCAUGGGCUCGCAGAACUCCUCCUCACAGCAACGGCCUCAGCAACCGUCCCCGCAGACGAUGCUCCUGACGCCUCCGGGCAUACCUCCCCAGCAUGCUAUCGCUCUGCAGGGUCAUGCGGGCGCACAAGACAAGAAGUCCUCCAUCAUGAUGCCAAUCCACUCGCCCGUCCCGCAAGGUCCACCGGGAUCCGCUGGACAGCAUGCAUCUCAAGCCGGAGCCCCAAACUCGAUGCGAGGAUCGCUCCACCAGCAUAUCUCUCCAACGGUUUACGAAAUGGCCGCUCUAACGCAAGACCUCGAUACGCAGGUGAUCACGACCAAGAUCAAGGAGGCGCUGUUGGCGAACAACAUCGGACAGAAGAUCUUCGGCGAGGCUGUGUUGGGACUUUCGCAGGGUUCCGUGUCGGAACUGUUGUCCAAACCGAAGCCUUGGCACAUGCUGAGUAUUAAGGGACGUGAACCAUUCAUCCGCAUGCAGCUGUGGCUGAGCGAUGCCAACAACGUUGAGCGACUGCAGGUGUUAAAGAAUGAGCGACGUGAGGCAAGCAAACGCCGUCGAUCGACUGGCCCAGGUGGACAGGACAAUAGUAGCGAUACGUCGAGCAACGACACGUCUGAGUUCUAUCACUCCAAUUCACCCGGACCGGGAUCGGUUGGAUCGGCUACGGCGCCUCCAAACAAGAAGCAGCGUGUCCUGUUUUCCGAGGAGCAGAAGGAAGCUCUCCGACUAGCGUUCGCCCUCGAUCCAUACCCCAACGUGCAGACAAUCGAAUUUCUGGCUAGUGAACUUGGGCUGUCGACCCGUACGAUCACCAACUGGUUCCACAAUCAUCGAAUGCGCCUCAAGCAACAGGUCCCGCAUGGUCAACCGUCUGAGCCGAUUCCUUCGCGCGAAAACCAAUCCGGAGCUCCGUUCGAUCCGGUACAGUUCCGCGUACUGCUCGGUCAGCGGUUGAUGGAAAUCCAGAAGGAACGGUUAGGUUUGAGCGGUAUGCCUCUACCGUAUCCGCCUUACUUCGCGGCUACCGCACCUGCCACCAAUCUGGCCGCUUUAAUCGGCCGCGGUUUCAUGCCGGGCAGUGAAGCGGACCUGGCCGCCCUCAACAAGAGCAUCAGCGAGCAGAUGAGCGGCCUCGACCUAUCGAUGCCUUCCACGCUGAAGCGGGAAGGCGACGACGAUUACGAGGAUGAUGCGGAAAACGAAGAAGAAGCCGGUAGUGGCCACAUGAGCGAUUCGGAAUCGAUGGACGGAAGCAGCAAAAGGGGCGGUGAUGAUGAUGACCUUAAGACAUCUUUAUCGCUCGCCAGCCUGCAAGCCAUGUCGCGGAUCAGUCGCCGUAAGCCAGCCGCUCCACAGUGGGUCAAUCCGGAAUGGCAGGAUCCGGACAAGAAGCCAGGCUCCGUAGCGACGGCCGUCUCCAACAUUCCCUCCGCCAAAAAGGACGCCACGGAUGCGAUCAUCAACGGGGUUUGCGUGCUGCAGCCUCCGGACGGUGUGCCCUCGGUGCAGCAACGGUUUGCCGCGGCCAUGGCAGCUGCUGCCGCUGCCGCCGUUGCAGCGGCCACCGGUGCAGGAGCGACCGUGCCUUCCCAAAGCCAAGACGACCCGGCGAGUGACGUGGAAAACGACGAGGACGAUGCAAAGUCCACACACUCAAAGCACUCCUCGUACGGUUCGGAGGGAAAGCUGGACGAAGAUCGGUCGAGAACUGCGCACGAUGAGUCCGAAUCGGAAGCUCCAAGUUCGGAAGUGUUACGAGGUGGUGCGGAAGAAGCGACCUCAGAAUCGACCCAACCGGAAAGGAACGGCAAUCGAUCGGGAACCGCCAGUCCCGCUUCGUCCUCCGUGACGGUGAAGAAAGAGAUCCUCGACGAAAACAACGGUGAUCGGUGGGAUGCGUAUUAGGGCCGGUUCUAAACCGAAAGUGAGCGUUU